AUGUGGCCCAGUCUGCAGGGCUAUCGCACGGGGCUCCACCACAGCGAGCGUGCCUCCGGGCAGGAGGCCGUGGUGGGUCUUGCUCAACUUGAUGUCACCUUCGUGCUUUGGGAUCAGGCCUGGCUCGUGCUGGUGCUGUUUUUGUCCGCGACGGCGGCGGCUUUGGCGGCCCGCUGGUACUUCCAGGCCUCCCAAAUCAUGCAGCCAAAUCAUGCAGCCUUGCACUUUGCACGUGUGGGCCGCCUUGGGCUGCCCUUGCAAGCAUGUCGCAAGGGGAGAUGCGCCGCGCGAGGCAUGGAGCUUCGUUGUUGUGGGAGUGCCGUGCAAAAGCGAUGUCCCGCAGAUUCGAGGGAGGAUCCCUUGUUGCUGGAGCUGCAGUCUUUGGAGGAAGGUCUCCGAGAUGUGCAGCCGCCCGAGUUCGUCCGCCCCGGACUGGAGCCGCCCGUCUCCCUCCCCAGUGAGCCUGGGCCACCCGCAACCUCCCCCACGGAGCUCUCCCUCCCAAACAGGGGACUGGCGUUAUCCGUGUCCCUUCCCACAGAGCCCGGGUCAACUGCAAGUGUGCCCAUCCUCACGCAGCCGACAUCACUUGUCUCCAGCCCCACGCAUCCGGGAUCACCCGUCUCCCUGCCCCCUGAGCCGGCGUCACAGGGCACAGCGCCGCCAAGCGCGGCUAUGCUUUGCUCUCAAAGACCAAGCGUGCUGCACCAUGACGACGAGGAAUGGCGACCCGACGGAGGCGAUCCGGAGAGCGAGCCAUGGGUCGAGGAGGAGGAGCCGCAGGUCGAGCUCUGGCUUGAAGCCAAGGAGCUGCAAGAUGAUGCUUUUCAUGCAGCAUGUGUGCGCAUGAAACCGUUGAAGCUCCUGCGUUUCUUUGGACAGCUGUCGCAGGAAUGGAAAAGCAUAUGCCGCUUUGCUAGGGUCUACGAGGAACGCCUUCAUCAUGCUAAGGAACGAGGCGUGGCGUAG